UGAAUACAGUUACAAGGCGCUUUACUAGAAAAGCUCGUUUUUUUUAAUCGUUAAUAAUAUUACUGAUUAAAGAAGCAGCAGAUUGGUGAGAAGGGUCAUGAGCUGUAGGCUAAGGUCACGGUAUUCCGCACACUUUUGCUUCCAUACCUCAGUGUGAUGACGCAGUAGCUGGACCAGUGGAUUUAGGAAUUGUAAGAGCAUCGAAAAUGCGAAAUAAAUGCCAACAUCUGCUGUCUGCCACAUGUUUAUGCAACAUGUUUACUAUGUAUGGGUAUUGAUAUAGGUGACAUCCACAGAGCCAUUCACAAAAAGCAGUAUAUAUGGAUAGUACUGUAGGAGACUCCAGGCCUAGCAGCCCUUUACAAAGUCUGAAUGAAGAUGAAACCUUUGGAUCACUAAAUGAUGCCUGUUUACUAAGUGACAGCGAGCUGCCAAAUGAUGAUCAUGGCACAUUUCAUGAUUUUUCUCUUAUCGUUCCAGAAACUCCUAGCCCUCUUACUUUUAGAAGAAAACGGCAUUCCCAUGUGACUGAAAGUCGCAGUGGGGCUGCACUAGGUAGUGCAGAUAGCAGAAGGUCAGAGAGUGGGGACAUGAUUCCAGGAUACCUCCACACUACCCCAAACUCUCAGAGGACAUUGAAACGCCGGAGGCUGCGGGACAGUGCACUUAGCAUUCAUCAAGAAUCUGGAGGAAAUGAGGCCAGGGGAUUUGUACCUGCAUCGUCUCUUUUACCUUCAGACUUUGUUUGGAUGGAGUCCCCACGGCCAUCACAGUCCCUUCACUUUCCCUUGUCUUCCACUUCAACAGCUUCAUCGUCUACUGAAACACUUUAUCACUCAGUGUUAGGAGCUGCUGUUGGUCAUGCUAGCUGGAGUAAGCCCUCUUCCUCUGCUCAUACUUCAGAGCAAAAAACAAUAAGCAUAGGCAAUAAGAAACAGAAACCUAGAAAUAAUAAAACAAGUUCUAGGUCUUCCAGAUGUACCGCAACAGCACCUUCACUUGGAGCAAAAGAGGAGAAACACUCACAGGACACAGAUACAGAAGCCAGAGUUGGACGUCCUUCUGCAUGUCAAGUACAGGAGGAGAUUGUCAUCAUAGAUGAGGAUGAGGAUGACGACGUGGUGGUUGAAGCUACAGUUCGCUCUAUUCAGAUGGCUGAAGACGAGGCAUUUGCUAGAAGCCUCCAGGAGCAAUUCGACAGAGAGGAACAGCUACAUCAGGAGCAAAGGAGAUUAGAGACCACAUCACUCAACAGACACCCUCAGAAUAACUUGUUUGACUCGUAUGUAGGUUUGGGUUGGAUCUCUCCCUGGGCCUCCAUGGUGAGCUCUCCACCGUUCUCAGAGCUGCAGCAGGCCAUGUUUGAGGGUCAAUCCACAAACAGGCAAAGACGGCAGGUGCAAAGGGGUCAGGCUCGAACCUCACAUCGCAGAAAUGCUCAUGUUCCUGUAGCUCUGCUUGAUGACAGCCAGGGAGAUAACUAUGAGGCCCUACUUGCAUUUGAGGAGCGCCAGGGAGCCGUGAUGGCCAAGAAAACUCUCAGUAAAGGGGAGACGGAGAGACUGCCUACAAAAGUUUAUAAUCCUGCACAUAACGCUGGAAAGACUGACUGUCAGAUCUGUUUCUCCGACUACAAGAAGGGGGAGAAGCUGAGAAUGCUUCCAUGCUUCCAUGACUACCAUGUAAAGUGCAUUGACCGUUGGUUGAAAGUGAAUGCUACCUGUCCUAUUUGCAGGGCAGAUGUGUCAGUGUAGCACUCUCAUCCAGUCUCAUCUAACUUUCUCUCAGGACUGCUUCUCUACCUCAACACACAUAACACACACAAGAGCAGACUAUGGGUCACUUUUUGAAAUUUUAAUUCCUACAUCUCUGAAAAGUCUUACUAGAAAAAAAUCUGUGUGGUGUUAUGGAUGGGCCAGCAUAAAAUCCACUUUGCAAAAUUAUUAUUGUCUUAAUUGUUGUUAUACAUUUUAAUUUUCAAGCAUGGUGUUUUAGGUGGCUUCAGUGGUCAAGGUUUUGAACUGUUGAUUAAAAGUCCCUUAAUUCUUCAUUUCUUGAAUCGUAACCAUUGUCCAUAGUAAACUGACAAAUGUUGGUAAAUUUGGAUUAAAUUUCUUGCUCUAAUACACCUGCUAAACUUGAAAAUUGAAUGAUAAGUUGCUGGACAGUGCUGCUGUGGAAACAGCCUUCUAGUUUUCUGCCACUUAUUUAGCAACAUGUUCCAGUAAAUUUCAUAAUCGUUUUAUUUGUGGACCACCUACCAAGUCACCCAACUUUAUUCAGUUAUGAUGUGGUUAGCUAUGUCUGAAAGCACCAUAAGUAUUAUAUUAACACAAAGAUAUUUUAUAUUUUUUAUUGUUGUUAAUUGUCCAUUAAGGAUGACCUAUAGCAAGUAAAAUAAUAUUAAUGAUCAAAUUUCAAUAGGUUUUCCUCCAACAUUGAGCUUUUUUUGUAUUUUGAAAUUGUAUAUACUGUACCUUGUGUGAAUAA